CACUUCCCCCAAUAAUUAUGUUAUCACACCACACUCCAGCCCCAACAAACCUCAUCGUAUACAGGAACGCCUCUGUUUCGGACCAAAAACAAAAAGCCGAGGAAGCACGAGCUCAUGAACUUGUUGGGUGCGGCUGUAUGCAGAGUAUCAUACCCCAAAUUUAGCUUUAUCUUUUCUCAAGCCCGGAAGAUUCCUCCACACUACACAUAACACAUCCGGCGAAGGCGAGGAGAGAGCGCAUUCCUCGUGAGCCCACUACUCUCUGCCCCUUUUGGGUUUAAAUCUCCUGCGACGCACCUGCUCUCCUUCUUCCUCAGGUCCGCCGCAGGGAUUGAGACCAUUGCCGGAAAAUGACGUCCGACGGAGCAACUUCCGCGGCGACAAGUCGGAGAAAGCCGUCUUGGAGGGAGCGAGAAAACAAUAGAAGGAGAGAGAGGAGGAGGAGGGCCAUAGCGGCCAAGAUAUACAGUGGGCUCAGAGCUCAGGGGAACUACAAUUUGCCCAAGCAUUGUGACAACAACGAGGUCUUGAAGGCUCUUUGCGCUGAAGCUGGAUGGACUGUCGAAGACGACGGUACUACCUAUCGCAAGGGAUGCAAGCCACAACCUGGUGAAGCAACAGGCACUUCCACCAGAAACACCCCAUACUCUUCCCAAAAUCCUAGCCCUUUUUCUUCAGCUUUUCCCAGUCCAAUUCCUUACCCAGUCAGUCCUUCGUCGUCCUCUUUCCCGAGUCCUUCUCGUUUGGAUGGCAACAACGCAUCAAAUCUCAUUCCAUAUAUUCGAAAUGUCAUUCCUGCAUCCCUGCCUCCCCUAAGAAUAUCAAACAGUGCCCCUGUAACACCCCCUCUCUCUUCCCCAACAUCUAGAAACCCUAAACCAAUUCCCACAUGGGAGUCAAUUGCCAAAGAAUCGAUGGCCUCCUUCAAUUAUCCUUUCUUCGCAGCCUCUGCUCCAGCUAGCCCAACUCACCGCCACCUUUAUACUCCAGCCACGAUACCUGAAUGUGAUGAAUCUGGUACUUCAACUGUUGAGUCUGGCCAUUGGGAGAACUUGCAGGCAUUUGUACCCUCUGCAUCUGCUGCACCAAUCUCUCCAACAUUCAAUCUUACUAAACCUGUAGCUCAGCACGCUCUGCCUGAUAAUGCAAUGCAGCAAAUGAGAAAGGGUCCAGAAGCAAACUUUGGGGUGCAGGUAAUGCCUUGGGUUGGAGAAAGAAUUCAUGAAGUGGGAUUGGAUGAUCUGGAACUCACACUUGGAAGCGGCAAGGCUCGGAGUUAGGCUGGUGGAACGUAUACUUCAUAUAGGUUAUGGGAGACUGCAAGGUUGUUUUUGCUAGCUAGUUGGUUGUUCAUUCAACUUGGUGUUAAAGCCCAAUGGUUACCACCUGGUUUAGCCUUCAUCGCACAAGCCGCAUUUCUGGAUCCAUAUUUGUCAUUGGAACUGGAGAUUUUAUGUUCAAACUGGUCUCUAUACAUACUCGGGAUAAGAUAGAAGUAAUAUUGUCGUCUUUCGAUUAGUGAGGAAGAUUCAAAACUCAAAAGUCUUCAAAGGCCUAAGGAGGCAUUGUUAUUCGAUGCCAUGGGUGAUAUAUGGAUUGAAAUUGUCAGGUUUCAUCGAAGUUGCCUUGUUAAGAACCUCACGGGAUCAGAUUUGUUUGUUGAUGGCUUACUUUGAAUUAUUAUUAAUCUUCUUUCUUCA